CAUCUAAAAUCUAGGGUUCUUUCUCUUUCUCUCUCCAUCCUGUCUCUAUUGGAGAUGGGUCUCGAACAAUCCUUUCCUGGAAUGCGAUUUCAAUCUUGAAAUUCAAGGGCGAUUCCUCUAGUCCUUAGCCCCAAUCUGUAGCAUUUUCGAUGGAGGUUUCAGCAAUGGAGGAGGAGACUAAGAACACUGAAAACCAUCUGACCUCGGCUGCUGCUUUUGUGGAAGGGGGAAUUCAGGAAGCCUGUGACGAUGCUUGCAGCAUCUGCCUUGAAGCCUUCUGUGACAGUGAUCCUUCAACGCUAACUACUUGCAAGCACGAGUUUCAUCUUCAGUGCAUUCUUGAAUGGUGUCAGAGAAGCUCUCAAUGUCCAAUGUGUUGGCAAUCCAUCAGCUUGAAGGAUCCCACUAGUCAAGAACUGCUUGAAGCAGUGGAGCGGGAGAGAAGCUUAAGGUUUAAUCCAUCACGAAAUGCUACUAUAUUUCAUCAUCCCGCCCUGGGAGAUUUUGAGUUGCAGCAUUUACCUGUAGGUGCAAAUGAUGCUGAUCUUGAGGAACGUAUAAUCCAACACUUGGCUGCUGCUGCUGCAAUGGGUAGAGCGCACCACAUUGCUCGAAGGGAAGGCCAACGAAGUAGGGCCUCAGCUCAGGGCCGUCCACAGUUCUUGGUGUUCUCAACUCAUUCUAAUGCACCUCCUGCUGGUCCUGUUUCUGUCUCUGCGUCUCAGAGAGUAGCAGACAAUGAACAGGCUCCUGCAAUUGUUGCUGCUAGUCCAUCUGUUCCUCUUGCAGCUGUGGGAGAAGAACCAUCAGAGCGGAACCCACAGCCAUCUUCUGGCCAAACUGAACAAAAUCCUUCCCCAGCAUCUGGAUCUACUGUCAGUGUAGCCAAUCGACAUGGAUUGUCCUUCAAUAAUCGUUCUGGAAGUCAAUCUUCUCCUGUAAAUGAUGAUAGAGCUGGACCUUCAGAUUUUCAAUCUUUCUCAGAAUCCCUGAAAUCUCGAUUUAAUGCAUUUUCGAUGAGAUACAAAGAGUCGUUUUCAAAGAGCACAAGAGGUUGGAAGGAGAGGCUGUUCUCUCGGAACAACUCUAUUGCAGAUCUUGGUUCUGAAGUUAGGGGAGAGGUAAAUGCAGGAAUUGCAAGUGUAUCCCACAUGAUGGAACGCCUUGAGACAAGAGAGAAUAGUACAGAUGCUGAUUCUUCUGUAUCAAAUAACUCAGAAGGUCCACUCGCAGAGUCCAGUAACCAGAGUAUUGCAGAGUCUCGUGGUAAUAAUCCUUUAAGUGACAGCAGUUCGUCCACUUCUGCUGCUGCAGGUUCUAAUUAGGUUGUCCUGCAUUAUUGAACAAUGCAUGCAUCCUCGGCAUUCCAUCAAUGAAGGUAGUUGUAUCAAAUUCCAGGUAAUGGAUGCUGAGGAUAAGAUACAUUGUGCUUCUCGCAGGCCAGUGAUUCAUCUACAUGCAUGGGAGGAGUAUUAUUGUUGUUUUUCUGAUUCUAUCAGCCAUCUUAAUCAGAAUAAGGUAAAAAAGGUGCUCCCAUUCAGACGAAGUUCUAAAUGCGUUUUUGUAAAUUUGUUUAUAUCCUGAAUUAAUUUCAAAUAUACGUUACUAAUAUUGUGUCAGGGACAGUGGAUAUCAAACUAGCUUGUGGAGUCUGUAUAAUUACAGGGAGAGGAUUCUAUCAAAUUGUGAAAUAACUUAAAAAAGUAUUGCAGCGAAAUAUAAAAACAAAAUUCUCUAUGGGUAUAGUUACCUACAAA